AUGCCGCCAUCUUUGAGGCUGGGAUCAGAACAUGAAGUGAUUGACGAAAGUCUCAUCGAAAAUUCUCCUUCACAGGGCCUUUACAACCUGGCUAUUGAAAACACAGAUGGAAGCGGAAACGAUACCUCUGGUUCGUCCGAAGCUCAAUUUGCCACCAAGAAACGGAAGCAAGUUCCAACCGGUUUACAACCAAAUGGAUUUAAGAAGGCCGGGUUUCGUCAGAGCAACCUUUCUAUACCAUAUAGGACGGCACCACAGUCUGUUUUCUAUCAGUCCAUAAUGCAGGAACUAUCUCCAGCCUCGUUGCAGUUACUCUGCAUCUUCGCGGCUCUUGGGGGCGACAAAGUGCCCAGGUGUUUAUUUGAGAGAUCCUUGAGACCUCAGAUGCGUUGGAGUGAGGACGGAUAUCCUGUCCGCCUCACAUGUGAGUACGAUUUUGUCGGUGAGCUUUUCAAGGCGGAAGCAUUGAGUGUAUCCUUGGAAGAGCUUCAAUUGGGUUCGUGGAUCUACCUGGAUAAUUGCGACAAUCAUUCGCAUACAACUUACUCUCUAUCCGAAAGAGGAAGAGAGUAUUCAGCACGCCUUUCAAGCGUUGAUGAUCUUCGGUACUGGACCCUGGUCGGCUUGCAGGUUUCUUGUCACGUGUUUCCCCGCGACCCUGCCUUGGAAGAAAACUUUCAGAAGCACGGGACACACCUAGUCCAUUUAAUAGAUCAUCUUUUUCAACAAAGCAAGGCUUACGAUCUUCCACCUUCUAUAAGAUUAGCAUUGUCGGAAGUCCUUGUCGCAAAGGCACGUCUCAGACGAGUACAAUGCCCUCAGCAGGCUUUGAACCAAGCGACUGAUCUUCUCGGCGACGCUGCCCCGGAUCACAUCCAAGCAUCGAUUGCUCUACGGCGGAGUAUAAUUGCACGGCUAGAAGGGUCUUUUCACAAGUCUGAAGAAGUAAUAUUGGAUUACCAAAAAAGAGCUCCUCCGUACGAAACGGCCAACCCGAGAUUACGAGCUAUAACCCGUCUAGUAAUAAUUUCUCACAUUGAGAAUUUGAUCCAGCUCGAAAAUUAUGAAUCCGCCAGCAAUAACAUCGAGGAUCUCAAUGACUGGGAGCCGAAUAGCGAUACGAUUUGGUCCCCAAUGGAGCUCUCUGUCAAUUUCAAGAAAUGGUCAACCAUUUCGAAGAUCUACCAGUCUCGGGGCAAAUUAGCCGAAGCCAGGGAUUACCUGAGCAACUGCUAUCCCUUCCUUCAGUCAGAACACUUCAGAGCCGAUCCAAAUCGGUUUCAGAUCAUUUGCAGACUCUCAGAUAUUCUUUGUGCAGAUGGUUACUUCCAUGAUGCCCGUUCAAAGAUCGAACAAGAGAUACGCUUAAUACGCCUUCAUGGAAACUUGCCCAAAGCCAUGAGACGUCUCGAAGUGUCCAUAUUGUAUGUGUACAUCGCAGAAGGCAAAUAUAAGGAAGCCUCUUCAGUUGUUCUAUCGUUGCGAAAGCAAUUUUCUACCAUCUCAUCUCCAGAUAUCAGUGAUCAGUGGUUGCAUUUUCGCUCAGUUGUCGCAUCCGCUAUUCUUUCGCAUUGCCAAUGCAGAUUUUUGGAAGCCGUUACGGAGUGGAAGAAUCUUUUGUCGCUUCUGAAAAAAUACCCCCAUACUUUUGAACCAGAGGGUUUCUACUUCGGCCUCGGUCAGAUAUCCAUUUCCCUCGCACUCCUUCAGUUGGCAUCUUCCUCGUCGACAAAACGUGAUUCUGGUGUUGUCCCGCCAUCCUGGAGCGCAGAUGCCAAGAAAGCCUUCGACAUUGGCUGUACUGUUCUCGCACACGAAGACCUUAAUUUCUGGAUACCUAUGGUUCCCCAACAGUAUAUACCAGACUUAUUAGCAAGUAUCAGGUCUGAGCGGCCGUCGUGGACGGAAACUAGUGAUUUCCGCAAACUUCAGCAGAAAUAUUCCGAUUUUCUGGAUUCUGCACAGAGACAGACCGGCUUGUUGUCCCGGAUAUGA